ACUAUGGCAGAUAGUCGAGAAAGAAUACGAGGUCCUGCACGUGAUGGCCGUGAAUUUUUGACUAGUCCGCGUCAGGUUUUAAGGCGUUUAAUGUUACUAUCAGAGGGACGGCAAUAUCGCGAAGCAGCAGGUGUUGUCGGCCGUCUAGGACCCUCGGUAUUAAGGUCUGUUGUCGCAGAGCUGCCCAUUGACUUGCUGUUAGAGCAUUUACCACAUAGCGCCUACCUUUUGGAAUCAUUUUAUUCAAGAUUAAUUACGGUUAACCCUUCUCCAAAAUUAGAUGUGCCAACUGAAUCGAUUGUUUGGCAACUAGUAAGAUUAUUUUCGAAUCCUCAUGAUACAAACAUUAAACAGCGUUGUUCAAAACUUAUACAAUCGUUAGUACAAUAUGAACCUAAUCUAAGACAUACAAUAAGAGAUACCCGCAAAUCAUUUAAUAAUGCUGUCCAAGGUUUAGGUAGUCAUGGCUUAACUGCUGAUGCCACCGGUCAGUUGAUAUCUUUGCAUUCAGCUUUAAAAACGGAAUUGCAAAGACAUGUAGAUACUUACAAGAUGGCUCUGCAUAAAUUGGAAGAGUUAAGUAUGAUAACAGUAAAACCAGAUCCCGCCCAAUCUUCACAUCAACGCCUCUUAGCCAUUAGUUACGGGGACAUACAACAAAGACUUAUUGAUAAUAAAACUUUAUUAACCAUAUUGGAUAAGCCGGCCUUAAAGCAAUUAACUAGUCUAAUUGAAAAUUUAUCGCAGAGAGUGGAAAACGAUAAAGAAGUGCUAAAAUGUGUGGGACAAUUGAAACGUGUUGAUUCACAAGCAAAUGUUGAAAAGAGACCGGCAGCUGGCUUAUUAAUGAACUUUGCACGUGGUUGUGAAAUUAUUUUAAAUGUUAUGGGUAAUGAGAUUGUUUCAAAUUCAAAAACACCAAUUGUUACAACAAUUGCUAAUGGCUUAAAUUCACCCAAUGGCAGCAAUAGCAGCGAUGGCUACCAUUCAGAUGACUCAGCAAAUGAGGACAUUGGUAGCAUGGUUACUCAGUAUCGUUCUUUGUAUUUAGAAAAUAGAUCAGACACUUUAGAGUCAUUGGAUAGUAUGCCACAGCUAAAACACGUACAUAAUUUAAAAGCGAAAAUAUUAUUUUCAAUUAUUGUGCUUUCAUUUCGCUUGUGUCAUGGUAUGCGUGAACGUAAGGUAUUGGAAGUAAGACGUUCGGUAUAUUGCCCGUUAGACAGUACAAAUGAGAUAACUUUAGCUUUGGAUCGUUCAGUACGUAAUUAUUUAUACGAGACGAUAGAAACUUUUCCGUUAGGGGAAAUUGAGAGAACAGUCUUCAAUCAGGUAUUAUCAACUUUGCAUGAAUAUCCCUGCUUGGACUCAUGUCCACCGCUUACGCAUUAUGUAAGUAAUUGUGUACGUUUGGCUUGGAAAAUGGUUAACCAGAAAGUACCGUAUUAUUUGGACAUCGAUUUUAAUUUAGGUUUUCUUCGUCCGGAAAAACAUGAUCGUCAUUUACAAUCUGAUCGCCGUUCAGACUUGAUUAAAGCAUUCCUCUGGCCCGCUUUAAUGCAAAAUAAUCGUUGCGUUUUUAAAGCCAUUGUUGCAACUUAA